CAGAUAAGAAUCAGAUUCAUCUUGGAGACUGCUCUGAACUGUACAUAAUCAAGAAUACAGAAUGUUUACGCUACUGAGCAGGAGAUCACUGAAAUGUUUUCAACUUACCGCAUUGAACAAUAGAACAUUUACUGAAUCGUUUUCCAAAUCAAGAGGAAAUGUUUAUGCUGUAGAAAAUCUUACGCAACGUGGGCUUCUGAAGGUGCAAGGAGUUGAUGUUCACAACUUUUUGCAAGGACUAAUAACAAAUGAUAUCCGUCAUUUAGAAAGUAUGAAUUCUAUUUACACGUUGUUUCUGAACGUAAAAGGACGUGUUAUGUGUGAUACAAUAAUUUAUAAAACUAGAGAAGAAAAUGUUCUUUUGAUUGAAUGUGAUUCGUCUUACAUUCAUUUACUUCAAAAACAUCUUAAGUUAUACAGAGUACGCAGGAAAAUCGACAUAGAUGUUGCUGACGAUAAAUUGAAAGUAUGGGUUUUUUAUAGACCGAUUGAUGAAUUAGAUUUCUCACAAGGGAAAGUUUCGUAUGCCAAGGAUAUCGUAUCACCUGAAACUCUUGGACUUUACAGUCAUCGUGAUGAUGUGAUCAUAUGUCGCGAUCCAAGAGUAGCGGCACUGGGAUAUCGUGUUGUUGCCCCCGUAGAUGAAAUUGUUCGUGAUACUUUUGCAAAAGAAUUAGGUGGUGGUUCAUUAUAUGAUGGAUUCUUGAAUUACAGAGUUCACAGAUACGUUUUAGGAAUAGGAGAAGGCAUAUGUGACCUACCACCUGGAGUGUCUUUCCCUUUGGAAGCAAAUAGUGAUUAUCUGCAUGGUGUAAGCUUUCACAAAGGUUGCUAUAUAGGACAAGAACUUACAGCACGAACGCACCAUACUGGUGUUGUUAGGAAACGCUUGAUGCCAGUGUUUUUUAGGUCCAAACCAGAAAUAGAAAUACCAUCUGAUGCACCUAUACAGCUACUAGACUCUUCCAAAAAAUCAGUCGGUAAAUUGAGGGCCGUGGAAGGUAAAGUUGGGCUGGGGCUGUUGAGAGUAACAGAAGCCAUAGCAGCAAAAAAUAUUACUGUGAUGGGCAUUAUAGGAGAGACUUGCAAACCACAGUGGUGGCCACAGGAAGCUCCGAAGGAUCGCCUUGCUGUGAGCCGGGAAGCAUGAAUGCUGUUGCAGGAGGAUAAACAAGUAGAUUUCUCCUGUUGUCAUCAAGAAAUAAUAGGAAACUAAUGUAAUAGUGUUUGUUUCCAUGGAUUCACUAUGAUGGCAGAAACAGAUGGACAGAAUAGACAAAA